AUAGAAUGGGGAAUAUCAGAGGAGGAAUGCCAGCUCCUGAGCAGAGCCCAGUGACGGAGGAGGGGCUUCUGCUGACCAUUUGCGACAGUUCAACUGGUCGCAGAAUGGAGACUGACAACACCGCCAAUAACAUCCUGGCCUCCGUCAAAGAACAGGAGCUUCAGUUUGAGCGGCUAACCAGGGAGCUGGAAGUGGAGAGGCAGAUUGUGGCCAAUCAGCUGGAAAGAUGCAGACUUGGGCCCGAGUCACCAGGCGCUGAUAGCAGCAGCUCAUCUGAGAAAUCUCUGCCAUGGAGAACAGCAGGAUCUGCAGGGAAUUCGUGUGGUUCAGCUCAGAUGAACUCUUACUCUGACAGUGGCUAUCAGGAUGCCAGCAGUGGCUACCUCAGCAGUCAGAACCACGUCAAGGCAGAGCUGAAGGUGCAGCACUCCUUCCCCGGAGCUGGCACCGGCACCUUUGGGCAGAAUACCAGAGCGGAGGGUCAGGCUUCAGCCCAGGUUGCAGCAGUCACAACAGCCCAGCCUGGUCGUGCUAUGCGAAGGGUUUGUUCAGUGCCUUCUCGCUCUCACUCGCCAGCCUACACCACCAGUAUCUCCCCAUCCCGUGGCUCUCUGCGUACCUCUAUUGGCAGCGCCUACGGCUCCCCCAUCAUAACCGAACCCAAACCUUACUCCAGCAUCUUAUCUACAACCCUGCCCUCUGUGCAGCGCACCAACAGCAUAGGUGGCAGUAGCUCACCCUACUCCACCAAGAAAAAUUCCCCUGCAGGACUGCGUCGCGUGAGCUCCACAAACUCACGAUCUGGCACUGCUGGCCGCACCACCUCAUCCUAUCAGACCUCUGCUGGGUCAUCGUCAGCCUGCAUGGGCUCGCCUCUGACGAUGGCGGACAGUAUCAACCCUCCACUGACACAGCAGCCUACUCACUCAUCGUCUCCUGUCAGGUCUAGUAUGACCGCUGUGCCCCAGCAUUACAGCUCCACUCUGCCUCGCUCCAUGCUCCACAACACCGACCCCUACGGACCUCAGAGUUACGACAUUUAUGAGAGGAUGACACGACCUGACAGCCUCGCAGAUGCCCUCAUUGAUGGAGACAUUAAAGGAAUAAGAAGCUCUUACGCCAGUCAGCACAGCCAACUUGGACAAGACAUGAGGUCAACCAUCUCCCCAGAUCGCCACAUUGCACCCAUUUAUGAAGAUCGGACUUUUCGAGGCCCGUUGUACCGCAGCCCCAGUCACACCCAGCAUGGGACCCUCUACAGGAGCCCUUCAGGUGUGGGAAGCCUGAAGAGGACAUCCAGCCAGCGUAGUGCCAUGACUUACCAAAGAAACAACUAUGCUCUUAACACAGCCGCCACCUACGCUGAUCAGUAUCGCACGGCGCAGUACAGGCCCCCCGAUGCGACCUACGCUCGCCAGCCUCUCGUUAUGGAUGACGAUGCCACCCGAUCUCCUUCUAUAGACAGCAUUCAGAAAGAUCCUAGAGAGUUCGCAUGGCGUGACCCAGAGCUUGCAGAGGUAAUCCAAAUGCUCCAGCAUCACUUCCCCUCGGUCCAGGCCAACGCAGCUGCCUACCUGCAGCACCUGUGUUUUGGUGAUAAUCGAGUUAAGAGUGAGGUGGGUCGACUGGGAGGAAUUAAACACCUAGUGGACCUGCUCGACCACAAAAUUGUUGAAGUCCAAAGGAACUCGUGUGGGGCGUUGAGGAACCUUGUUUAUGGCAAAGCUAUGGACGACAACAAGGUCGCUGUGAGAAACGCAGGAGGUAUUCCAGCGCUGCUCCGCCUGCUGAGAAAGACUGUGGAUGCAGAAGUCCGGGAGCUCGUUACAGGGGUGCUGUGGAACCUUUCGUCGUGCGACGCAGUCAAGAUGACAAUCAUACGGGACGCCUUAUCGACUCUGACCAACACUGUGAUCAUCCCUCACUCUGGAUGGAGCAGCUCCACCUUCGACGACGACCACAAGCUCAAGUUUCACUCCUCACUUGUGCUGAGAAACACUACAGGCUGUCUGAGGAACCUAAGUUCAGCUGGUGAGGAGGCCAGAAAACAAAUGCGCACUUGUGAGGGUCUGGUUGACUCACUGCUCUACGUCAUCAAAGCCUGUGUAAACACCUCUGACUUCGACAGCAAGAUUGUGGAGAAUUGUAUUUGCACUCUAAGGAACCUUUCAUAUCGUCUGGAGCUGGAGAUGAUGCCAUCUCGACUGACUGGUGGGCACGAGCUGGAUGGCUUCCUGGGCAAAGAGUCACCCAGUAAAGAGGUGGACUCCAGCUGCUGGGGGAGAAAGAAAAAGAAGAAAAACGGCUUGCACGAAGACUUGUGGGAUGGUGUGGGGCCCAUUCCUGGCUUCUCCAAGUCUCCCAAGGGUGCAGAGAUGCUGUGGCACCCUUCAGUAGUUAAGCCUUACUUGACUCUGCUGGCUGAGAGCUCCAAUCCUUCUACUCUGGAGGGUUCAGCUGGGUCCCUUCAGAACCUGUCAGCUGGAAACUGGAAGUUUGCAGCGUACAUCCGUGCAGCCGUUCGUAAAGAGAAAGGACUGCCAAUCCUGGUGGAGCUGCUGCGGAUGGACAACGACAGGGUGGUGUGUUCGGUCGCCACUGCUCUGAGAAACAUGGCGCUGGACAUCAGGAACAAGGAGCUCAUAGGGAAGUACGCCAUGAGGGACCUGGUAAAUCGCCUCCCUGGAGAAAACACCUCCCUGCUGUCGGACGAGACCAUAGCAGCCAUCUGUUGCACCCUGCACGAGGUCACCAGCAAAAACAUGGAAAACGCAAAGGCCCUGGCCGACACGGGCGGCAUCGGGAAGCUGGUCCACAUCACCAAGGCCAGAGGAGACAGAUACUCUGUGAAGGUAGUCAAAGCAGCAGCUCAGGUGCUGAACACACUAUGGCAGUACAGAGAUCUGCGUACCAUUUAUAAAAAGGAUGGGUGGAACCAAAACCAUUUCAUCACGCCAGUGUCAACACUUGAGAGGGACAGGUUCAAGUCCCAGCCCACUCUCCCCACCAGCACCAUUCAGAUGUCUCCAGUCAACCACCCCGCCACCAGUGCCACAUCAUCUCCUGCAAUGCUGGGCGUCACAGAGCAUAGAGACACCAUCAGAGACUAUCAGAGACCUCAGUCAACUAUGCAACUUUAUAAUUACCAAGGAGAUGGCAGUAUUCAUAGAAAACAGUAUACAGGGUCUGGCAAACCAUCUCCAUAUUACUACUCGUCACCCACGAGGGAGGAGCCCCGAAGAACACAGCCCGUGUAUUACACAGAUGAGCCCAGCAGGAGGAACUACGAUACCUACAGAAUGUACCUGCAGCAUCCUCGUGGUUACAAUGAUGCGUUUUUAGAAGAAGUCAUCACCUACCCUCCUACGGUGGACUACCAGCCUCAUGGACUGAAAUCCACCGCUAACUAUGUGGACUAUUACACAAGCACACGGAGGCCUUCGUACAGAUCGGAGCAAUACCCAGCUUCUCCGGACUCCUGGGUCUAAGUCUGGAGAGGUUCGUGUUGCCAUUCAAGAACAUUCAUUCACCCCGAGUCUCAUUUAAGGAUAUAAGGGGUAGAGGCAAAAAAAGCACACGGGCAACAUUUUUCACAAACCUGGCUUUGGAAGUGUUUGUUUUAAAGUGGAUGUGUGUGUUUGGAGGAGGGAGUUCACCUGAGCGGUCGCAGAUGGAGGAACGGGAUGUGUGCCAAAGAGGGAAAUCGAGGAAUGUUUUUCUUUUAAAGAUUAUGUGUCAUUCAGCAGAAGAUGGAAUCAUGCAUAGGGAGAGACCAUUGGACACAACCGUGAGAAGUCAUGUUAUGUGUAGAUACUCGUUUUAUUUUCUUUAAGGAACUCGUAACUGUGAUAGCAUGGUUAAAGGUGUGAGUCAUGUCAACGAGGGACCGCGGUAUGAGUCUAAAUGUCAGGGGGGUAUAUGUAUGUGCUCGAGCCAAAAUGAAUUAUGAACUCACCUGUAAAAAGCUAAAAGAAUAAUUAACUAAAGAUAGAUUAUACAGAGGAGUCAAAAUGUAUCUGUACUUUAGUGUUGAAACUGUAAUGCCAUGGAGUCUUGUACAUUUCUUUCAUUUUAUUGUAAAUACAGAGAACAAAACGUUACCUGGUUUACGCCUCAGCACUGGUUUAAAAAAAUGAACUAACUCGUGCCAUGUUAGAGCUCUAAAGAUAUAUAGUUACACAAGUUUGUGGAAAAAAGAUGGCAUCAUAAUCAUGUAAGAUAAAU